AUGUCAAAGCCUAAUUUUACCUUGGCCGAAGGCCAGCCUGUGGUUGACCCGUCUGUCAGUACCACGUUCCCUACGUUUGGUGGUGGCGCCUAUACGACACUGGGCGACACGCUGCUCAUUGAGACCCUCACUCAUUUUAACCGAGAACGUAUACCCGAACGAGUGGUACAUGCCAAGGCUUCGGGUGCAUGGGGUGAAUUUGAGGUUACCAAUGAUAUCGGGGCUCUCACGUCAGCGAAAUUUCUCAACGGCGUCGGCAAGAAAACCCCAGUCCUGUUUCGUUUGAGUACAACCGGCGGUGAAAAGGGCAGUGCGGACACCGUUCGUGAUGUGCGAGGAUUUUCUGUGAAGUUCUUCACUGAAGAUGGCAAUCAUGACAUUGUCGGGAACCAUAUUCCCGUGUUCUUUGUGCGCGAUCCAAUCCGGUUCCCUUCCUUGAAUAGAAGCCACAAACGGCACCCGGCGACCAAUCGCCCAGACUGGAAUAUGUUCUGGGACUUCCAUACCAACCAACCGGAAAGCGUCCACGCUUUGAUGCAUCUAUUUGGCUCUCGGGGUAUCCCUGACUCAAUUCGUCGAGUGACAGGGUUCGGUGUCCACACGUUCAAAUUGAUGACAGCGGAUGGCACAUUCCGAUACUGCAAAUUUCAUUUCCGACCUACCCUUGAGAUCACCCAUUUCUCGGGCUCAAAUGCAACUCGCAUGGCCGGGGCGAACCCCGACUAUCAUAACCAAGAUCUCUGGGAUGCUAUCGCGCAAGGAAACUAUCCUGUUUGGAAGCUCUAUGUGCAGAUUAUGGAGUCAGCACAGGCUGAGGCAUUUGGUCGAGGCCUCUUCGACAUCACCAAAGUCUGGCCCCACAAGGAAUUUCCUUUGAUCGAGGUUGGCAAAAUGACUCUCAACAAAAACCCCGAGAAUUAUUUCGCGGAAAUCGAGCAAGCUGCUUUCUCGCCCUCGAAUAUGGUCCCUGGAAUUGCGAUGACACCUGAUCCCAUGCUCCAGGCACCUCCCCCAAACCGCGCAAUCUGCCCCGUAUACCACCCCUUCGAGCGUGACGGCAUGGGUACCAUCACUCGAAACUAUGGUGGUGACCCGAACUAUGUGCGCAGCUCAUUGAGCCCAGGUAUUCCCAGUCAACCUGUCUCCGACGUCCGACACACAGAGCCAAUCGAGCGAAAUGCCACUCUUGGCCAGAACGAACUGUCCGUUGAAGAUGAAGACUUUAUUCAGCCCCGCGAGCUGUGGAACCGAGUGUUUGACGAGAAUGAAAGAAGGAACUGGGUUGCCAAUGUAUCGGAGACCUUGGAGGAUUUGCCUGCCGAGCUCAGGCAGUCUGUUGCUGCGAUGUUCAGUAAGGUUGACCUACGUAUCGGUCAAAUGCUAGCCGCGAAGGCGAGCAACAGUUCGCGUCUCUGA